UCUGCACUUAGGCUAAUCAGGGACGUUCUUGAUGUAAUGUUUUGUACAGCAGACUAAUUGAUCUAACAUUUGGCAAACACACUUGAUGAUAAUUUUAUUUAGUUAUGUAUUGUAUAUCCCUUUGUCAUUCCAGGGAGUGUCUUAAAGAAUGUGUCCUGCUAUUUUAAGUUUUCCCUCCUUGAAACACUGAGACGCUAUCAACCACAAGAUACAGAUUUUGUGUAGUACAUGAGGCCUCAGUCUAAAUGUUGGUUGAAGUGCCAAUGACUGUUGAAAGAUGUUUAUUCGUCAUGUCAUAGGGGUGAUAAAGAGCAAAUUAUUAUUAGCUUAUGAAGAAUGAAAAUCUCAGACUUUUUACCUUACUGAAUAAUUUAAUUCUCAAUAGUGGAAAUGAUAAAUUUUUGUUUCAGGAAAGCUUAGAGAAGAAUGAAUUUCAAGGGGUUGAACCUAAACUCCUACCUAACUGACUGAAAGAAUGUCAAGCGUGUCUUGGUUUUCACGCAGCAGCUUGUUUGGAGCACAAUCAGAAGAGAGUUAACAAAAUGAGUAACGCUGAUUGUGAUGCAAUGGUGCAUUCAUUUCUUCUUCAAGGGAAGGCAACACCACCUUACCAUGAUACCCAAGUUGCUGUUGUCGGUGGAGGAAUGGCUGGGCUGGCGGCAGCAUCAGCUCUGUCAGAGGCUGGUCUUCAAGUUGUCUUAUUGGAAGCAUCUGAUUAUUUUGGUGGAAGAGUGAAGCAAGUUCAGCCAUUUGAAGGAUUUGCUCCAAUUGAUCUUGGUGGAGAGUUUAUCCAUGGAUCAGAUAGUAUCAUAACCAGGACAGCAAAAGAAAAUGGCUGGGUUGUGCAACCAUGCUUCAAAUGUGAGGGAAUGGAGAGAGAAUACAUGUUUUUCUACAAAGAUGAAUUACAUCCACUAUUAAGUAGCCAUCCUGAUAUUCAGAAAGCCUGGAAAGCUUGGGAUGAUAUCAUUUUUUUUUGGGACAAGAUAUCUAAAAGAGAACUCCAUCAAAAUAAAGAAAAUACUGGUUUCUUUGAUACUUUUUCCUGUCGCAGAGACACGAGUAUUCAACAGUGGUUGGAGAGGUAUAAGUGUAACGAUGAUGUGAUGGCGGUGUUUGAUUCUAUGUAUUGCCAAACAGUAGCUGCUGCACCCAGCCAGAUGGGUCUGUAUGAGUGUGCACGUGAAGAAAAUGCUUGGACGUAUGGUGAUGGGAAUUUCAGGUUGGCGGGAUCGUAUUCUCUGCUUGUGGAGCAUUUCUUAAAGAAGUGUUCUGAAAUCGAGAAACGGCUGUGUUGGCAAGUGACAGAGAUUAAUUGGAAAGGUGAGAAUGGUAUGGAUAAAAUAGAAAUGCAGCAUGAGUCGAAAUCAGAUGGACAUGUUUGUCUAAAGAAUCAACUCGGCCAAACUCUAACCGCCAAAUAUGUGAUUAUUACUGUGCCACUGACAGUUCUCAAAGAUGGUGACAUAACCUUCAUUCCGCCUUUGCCAGUAAGCAAAAAAAGAGCCAUAGACGGAAUAGAAAUGAGAGGGGCACUGAAAAUUGUUUGUCGUUUCAAGUCACAAUUCUGGCCGGACAACUUAAACCUAUUAUACAGAGUACGGGGCUUUGUGAGCCAAAUAUGGAUGUACACACGUGACUCGACGGAGAGCACUGAGAAGUGUCAUCUGAUCGCGGGCUUUCAAACAGCUGAGCCCGCAGAAGAGAAGAUCAACCUCAGCGGACAGGAAGUUUUAGAUGAGUUUCUUCAAGAUUUGGAUCACAUAUUUCGAACUGUCUCCAACCCGCACCCUGCUACUGAUUCAUUCAUGGAUUACAUCUAUUACCAUUGGUCCAAACAUCCUUUCAUUCGCGGGGGGUACAGCUCUCCAACAGUUCAUGCGUAUGGCUUGCGCCACGAGCUUGGGCGCCCUGUGGGGGAUCGCCUGUUUUUCGCUGGUGAAGCCACGAGUGUGACUGCCUGUGCUACUGUCCACACUGCCAUGGAAACUGGAUUACGAGCCGCCCGAGAAGUUUGCAGUACCACCACUCGUGUUAUCACAGAGUGACUUGUGCCAGGAAAGUGAACAGUCCAUGACUGUUGAAUGAUCGUACGUCCAUAACAAGGGAGAGAGUGGUUGUUUCUUUUAGAUUGUUCUCAGUUGGAAAGUUCUGUGUCUUGAAGACUUUGAAAUUGACUCCGUCGUCUAUUUAAAAUUCAAGAAUGGUAUAGGUUUGG